AUGGACAAGAUCCCCUGGGGAUAUUCCCAAGUCGACUUUCGCGUCAUUCAAAGCGGAGUUAGCAAAGAAGCCAGUUUCUGCGCAGGACUUAUGGGCCUCAAAGUCACCAAAGGUCCAACCUCGAAGCCAAAUACCGCUCUCGGUCUCGUCUACGAUGCGGAGAAUACGACAGUGGCACCUCACCCGUCGUGGUUUAUCAUCGAGAAGAUUGGUGAUAUUCCUCUACCUCCCGAGACUCCGGAACCGCUUCAGGAUCUUCGCCUUUUUCUCCGUCGUGCCGACUAUGAAGCAGGCAUUAGCACUGGCGUACCGCUCUUGCACACUCGUUCGCCUAUCACAGUUCCACGACUCCUUGGGUCGCUGGAGUCAUCCGAGUUUGGCUCCGUCUCAUCACGCAAAUCGCCUACCGAAGUAUCAUUUGGUAGUGAUGAAAAGUCGAGCUCUCAUUCGAGAAAGUUGAGAAAGGAUCGACCCCCUCUACCCUUUACACCCAAGGAUAAUGGAAUAUGGGGCUUCCAUCGUCGCAAGCCCCUAACCACUUUUGCAAAUGCCCGUGUAUAA